AUGUCGUCCAGGGUACCAGCCCACGACCGCCGCGCAAAUGGAGCCCCAGCCGACCAGGACAGGCCGCCGAGACCCCGCAUGAGCAACGCCCAAGGGAGCUUCACCAGCAGCAACAGACAUGAGCGACCCGAUUCACGCCAGGCCCAGCCUCAGUCUGAUGGGCGCUUCGAGAGCACGUCGCAUAAGAGAACGGCGUCUGGAAACCCCCGCCCGUCGAGCAGGACACACGAGGAUCGGCGCAUCGAGGAGCGCCGCACUGAACGAACCUUUGUCACCCAGCUCGAGCGCCUGACACAGAGGACGAGGAGUCCGCAGCGCGCAGAGCGGUCGUCCACAACGAGUGCAAAGGCCAAGGCCCCAGAAACCCACAAGACCUCUGAAUCGCAACAGAAGGAAGCGAGGGUCGAGCCGCCAGCAGAGCCAUGGCGCCCCGAGGCGUGCCUGCUACCACACACAUCCGCCCCUCUGGCGUCACGAAUAUCUGUGCCCCCGCUGGCAUCCGAGGCGCCUCCAGCUCUUCAACCGAAACCCCUGAAUGAGCUAUCCCUCGAGGCCCAAGAGGCUGCCAUCCUGGAGGAUUUGUUAUUCGUCUUCAUGGGCUAUGAAGGACAGUAUAUCCGGUUCGCGAAGAGCUAUAACCAGCAUGAGGAGCGCGAUCGCCUGUCUGGUCCAACAUUUAGGAUCCUCCCUGGCCUUGACCCCAGUCUGCAGGAUCUGACCAUGUCGAUGCUGAAAAUGGCCAGCUAUUACUCGGCGCUGGAGAUGUUUGUCGAUGUGCAGAGUCGGGAGGAGUUUGGCGCCGUGAACCACGCAUUGUGCGCCUCUGUGCGCAAGUUUCUCCAGGACUACCUCGUCAUGAUUGCUCAGCUGGAAACCCAAUUUCUCACCAACGACACGUUUACGCUCCAUGUCCUCAAUAUCCACAUCCUGCCGACGAGCCAAAUGAUGGCGCAGCUUCAUUCUUUAGCCCUCGAGCUUCUCAAACGCAACGCACUCCUGGACGAUGAUGACGAGGAAUCAAGCGACAGUGGCGAUGACUUUGAGAACAUCCUCGAAACUCUUCGAGAAGGCGGCGACUUGGGCGCCGGAAACAUGACGGGAAAGAAGAUAUGCAAAGGCGGCGUCGUGCUAGGUCUCAUCACUAAAAGACUCGAAGCCAUGUCGGGCGACCCGGCAGCGCGUGCCUUGCUUACAUCCUUAUUGCGAGAUGCCAGUAGGCCGUAUAUGGUCAUGCUGAACGAGUGGCUUCACCACGGUGGCAUCAAUGAUACCCAUGCGGAGUUCUUGGUCAAGGAACAAAAGAGCAUUCGGAGGGAAAGGCUCGAGCAGGAUUACACAGAUGAGUACUGGGAACGACGAUACACAAUCCGAGAGCAUGACGUCCCACCACAGCUUGAAGGCGUCAAAGAGAAGGUUCUCCUGGCCGGCAAAUAUCUCAACGUUGUGAGAGAAUGUGGCGGUGUAGACGUCAGCAAGGUCGUCAAGGAUGUGCCGCUGUCAUUUGAUGACAGCCGAUUCUUGGAGAACGUCAAUAUUGCCUACGCGCACGCCAAUGAGUCGCUCAUGCAGCUUCUUCUGACGACGCACUCUCUGCCGCUGCGGUUACGAUCCCUCAAGCACUACUUCUUCUUGGACCCUUCGGACUACUUCUCAUACUUCCUGGAGCUCGGCGCCUCGGAACUCCGAAAGCCCGUCAAGUCUGUUAAUACCGGCAAGCUGCAAUCGUUGCUCGACCUCGUGCUGCGCCAACCAGGCAGCAUCGUGUCCUUGGAUCCUUUCAAAGAGGAUGUAAAAGUGGAGAUGAAUGAGAUCACUCUCACCAAGUCUCUGCAGAGAGUCGUCAAUAUCACAGGCAUUGAGCAGGGUGAGACGCUGCAGCCGUUGGCUCAUCAGCCAUCAGACCACGACAAGAACGCUUUAGGCUUUACUUCCCUGCAGCUGGACUAUGCAGUGCCGUUCCCUGUCUCACUGGUUAUUAGUCGCAAGACGGUGUGGCGGUAUCAGGCCCUGUUCCGAUAUCUACUCUCGCUGCGGUACCUCGAAUCGCAACUUUCGACCACAUGGCAUACCCAUACUUCAGGAGUCACUUGGGCCCAUAAAAGCACGUCAAGGAGCUUGGAGAUUUGGAAACGCAGAGUCUGGACAUUGCGCGCCCGCAUGCUCGUGUUCGUCCAGCAGCUGCUCUACUUUUGCACGGCAGAAGUCAUCGAACCCAACUGGACCAAGUUUAUGUCGAGGAUCAAGACGAACGAGGAAAACCAGGGAGACUCAUCAGAGGGCCCGACGAGGACGGUUGACGAGCUGAUGCAAGACCACGUGGACUUCCUGGACACUUGCUUGAAAGAGUGCAUGCUAACCAACAGCAAGCUCCUCAGGAUCCACUCCAAGCUUAUGCAAACAUGCACCAUCUUUGCAACCUACUCCAACUGGCUCUCCCGAGAGCUCGAACGGGCUGAUCCUGACCUCAGCGGCACCAGAAAACCGCCCAACAUGACAGACGACCAGUGGAAGGUCUUCCAGUCCACGGAUCAGGAGGCACGCGUCAACAAUCUCUUUGAGAUAAUGAAAAAGUGGGAGGGUAACUUCAGCCGGCACUUGCAAAUCCUCCUGGAUGCUCUGAAUCACUAUGCUGCCACGGAGACGGUCGUUCUCCUUAGUCUUUGCGCGCGCCUCAGCACCGCGAAUCAAGGAACAGAGUACGCGGGGCUGCGGAACGAAGAGGAUAUUGCCGCCUGA